AGGGGGCAGACAAAAAAAAGAACAUACGCUGCUGCUACUGCUGCUGCUCUAAUCGAACAGAACAGAACACGCAGAAGUCAGAACAGAAGAACACGCAGGUCGCAGGCUGUUUUUCGACUUGGAGGAGACGAGGAUAACCGGCUGGGCUGCUCUAAUCGACUAAUCGAUUUGUUUUUUUUUUUAGGUUUAAAUUAGGGCUUCAAUUUAUGUGAUUUAGGUUGAAAUUAGGGGUGAAAUUGGUCCAGGAGAACCUGUCACCGAGUCCAUAAUUGAAGAAUUCAAAAAUCUUAAAGGAAGACGAGCAGAACUAUACACUUCAAUCCAGGAGAACCGGCCACAGGUUCACUCAAAGAAGUUUCAAGUUUGACCUGAUUUUGACUCUAACCACAAAGCAAGAAACCGGUGAUAGCAACCGAUCAAACAGUCCAUCAUGGCGGAGACAGAACCCUACCCUCCGAUCGAUCCAACAAACUUCGACCUCAUCGUCAUCGGCACCGGUCUGCCGGAAUCCAUAAUCGCCGCUGCCGCCUCCACCGCCGGCAAAUCCGUCCUCCACCUCGACCCUAACCCCCACUACGGCUCCCACUACUCCUCCCUCUCUCUCCUCGACCUCACCUCCUUCCUCAACUCCCAAACCCUAAAUCCCCAAAAUUCCGGCACCGAAGACGCACCAGAUCACACCACCGCUGUCAACGUCAUCACUCGCACUAUCUAUUCCGAUAUCGAGAUCAGCUGUUACGAUGAUUCGGUUACCGAACAUUCUAGAAAGUUGAAUUUGGAUGUUGCAGGACCUAGGGUUUUGUUUUGUGCUGAUGCUGCUGUUGAUUUGUUGUUGAAAUCGAGUGCUAAUCAGUAUGUUGAGUUUAAGAAUAUAGAUGCGAGUUAUGUGUGUGAUGGAAAUGGUGAGUUAGUGAGUGUGCCGGAUUCGAAGAGUGCGGUUUUUAAGGAUAGGACGUUGAAGUACAGUGAGAAGAAUCAGUUGAAUAGUUUUUUUAAGCUUGUGCAGGGGCAUUUGGAAGCUGUUAGGGCUGGGGAUAGUGGUGGUGAUGAUGGGAGGAUCGUUUCGGAUGAGGAUUUGGAUAGUCCGUUUGGUGUGUUUUUGGAGAAGAUGAAGUUGCCUCCGAAGAUUAAAUCGAUAAUUCUUUAUGCCAUAGCCAUGGUUGAUUAUGAUCAAGAUGCUGGAGAAUCAUGUAAAGACGUUCUCAGCACUAGAGAUGGGAUAGCUCGUUUAGCACUAUACCACUCUUCUGUUGGAAGGUUUCCUAAUGCACUUGGUGCAUUGAUCUAUCCCCUAUAUGGCCAAGGAGAAUUGCCACAAGCCUUUUGCCGCCGUGCUGCCGUCAAAGGGUGCCUCUAUGUUUUGCGGAUGCCAGUGAUAUCUUUUCUUUUGAACAAGGAUAGUGGGGAUUAUAAAGGUGUCAAAUUAAUUUCCGGGCAGGAAAUAACCAGCAAUAAGCUGGUAGUGGAUCCAUCAUUUAUCCUGACCUCUUCACCUUCAGAAUCAGUACAUGAUGUUUCAAAAGUCUUCGAUGCCGGAGGAGUCGGUGGCAAGUUGGCCCGGUGUAUAUGCAUAACAAAAGGCUCUAUAAAACCAGACACAUCCAGCUGUCUAGUCAUAUAUCCUCCUAGAUCCUUGUACCCUGAUCAGGCUACAUCGAUCCGAGUGCUCCAGCUUGGUAGCAGUUUGGGUGUUUGCCCCUCUGGCAUGUUUGUUUUUUACGUUUCAGCUGUAUGUGAUAACGCCCUUGAAGGAAAAAAAGCUCUGCAUGCAGUUAUUGACAGUCUUUUCUCGGUACACACCUCGGGUACGGCUGAAAGCAGUUCCACUGAUCAAAUUGAGAGUACGGAAGUGAAACCCACUUUGCUUUGGAGUGCAUUGUAUAUGCAAGAUGUCAUCGAGGGUUCGAUGGGACCUGUGGUUAUGACCCCAACUCCAGAUGGAAAUCUGAACUACAAUGGUCUUCUGCAUACGACUUCAAAGCUGUUUCGGAAGCUGUACCCUGAUGAUGAAUUCUUCCCAGAAACAAGCAACAUAGAAACUUCUGAAAAGCUAGAAGACGAUAGUGAACUGGCAUAGAAUCGUAGUGAUGAUAAUAGUAGCAAACGGCACGAACAAAGGAAUUUUUUGUUUUUGUUUUAUAUUUGUAAACAAUUUUAUAUGUUGUAUUCUAUCAGUCAUUAACUUAACCCCCUGCUGUGGUUGGAAAUGUUUUUUGUUGGUA